CGGCUGCGGACGCGCCGCGGACCGAGCCCGCGUUCUCUGCGCUUCCCGCUGUCCCUCACCGCCCCCCAUCCGACCUUCCUGCAGCCUCGCCUUUCUUCCCCCCUCGGAAAAUGGUUCCUGCUGCCGGGCGAGUUCACUCACUGAUCCUCAGUAAUGAAGAAUAACACCUGUGAGACCUCAGUGUUGUGUGAAAGGAACUGCUGUAAGUUCGUCCUGUGGCACAGUGAACAAACAACAAUCUGACCUUGGCUGAAGGCUUCAUCUUCUCCUUGGGUUAGCUUCCUGCCAAGGACCUUGCUCUGGAAUGAUGUCUAGUUAAUGAGAAGCAUUAUAGUGAAGUCGUACUGUUUGUUCAUCAGGAAACAUUUAAGCGCCUACCUUGUGCUGGACCACGUACUUCACUCUCAAGUGAACAGUUAAGCCAUUUUUCAGCCUCUUGAAGAGCUAUAAAAGGAACAGAAGUUGUGGCUACUGCCCUCAGGAAGCUGAAGUUGUAUUUGAGGAUAGAAGAUAAAGUACAAGUAGAUAUCAAAGUAUCGGCUCUUCCCCAUGCUGCCUCCUUGUUCUCCUGUGCUCAGGCAUAUCAAACUGUCAGUCAUACCUCUGUGCUUUCAGUCACUUCCGACCCUACCUCACUCUGCCUCAGUUUUAGGUGUAUCUUUUUGACAAUGAAGCCUUUCUUGAAACCAUUAUACCCAUUGAACACUUUAUCCCUCUGUGUUCACCAACUCUUUCAUGAUACUCUACAACACUUAAUUGUAUUUGCCUGUGUACUUGUCUUUUCUCCCUCAUUUAGGCUGUAAACUCCUUGAAGAAAGAGCCUUGGACGCAGAACUUAACAUAUGUUUGGGACUGGUAGGAACUCCAGAGAAGAACAGUAGGUUUGGGAAGGGCCAGUGUAAUAUUAGUGACUGAUGUGCAAGAUUCUCAAAUGGAAUGUUCAGUUAACAGUUGAAAACACAGGCCUGAGGCUUGAUCAAGUUCUUAGAUGUAGAUCAUGAUGUGGUAUCACCUGCCAAUAGAGAGGUUGUAGGGAGGAGAGGUCUGUGGGUGGAUCCCUUAGUGAUAACCUCAGUUAGCGUGUAUAGUAAAGAUUUUAAAAGCCAAGGAAUAUGGGCUAAGGAAGAGGCCUGGGAGAACUAAGUAAUCAGUAUAGUGGAUAGGAAGGAAGAACACUGUCAAAUGACACAAAAUUACAUAGGAGAAUGGGGACUGAGAAGAAACCUUAGGUCAUUCAUCAUCAUAAGCAGCCAACGCAGGAUGUGAGGAUGGAUCCAAUUUGCCAGGGGGUCAGGGUGAGUAUGGCUGACCAAGAAGCAUUGAGGAUGGACCUUAUUAAAAGGUAUGGGGAAAGGAGGCAUGAAGAAGGGAUAACUUAUUUGGUUAACAAAAUCCAGGAGAGGCUUGUUUUGGUGGGGAGGAGAGGGAAUGAUGUUUUAUGUGUUAGAAUGUAUCUGGAAAUACUGGUUAGGAACCAGUACUAAGUGGCUUGCCAUGACAGUCAAGGAAAUCAAGGUCUGACAUGAGAAUCCUGGGUAGAAAAAAAGAGCUGCAGUGAUUUAAGAGCUUGGAAAGAAGGAGGAACAUGAUAGCCAGUUAGACAUGUGUCAGGGGUCAUAUAUGACUGAGAAAAAUUCAUUUCCAAUGGAACUAAGAACUCAGUUAAAAAAAUUUUAACCAGCAUUGCCCUGCCAGAUGGUAUGUCUACUCAGGGGUAGCUAAUGAAAGGUAUCCAUCUGGUAGGAGGGUGAAAGAGCAAGUGAGGCUUAAUUAAGAGCAAAACUGGAGUCACUGACCAUUGGGAAGUUCAAUUUUUUUAGGGAGGUAGGUGUGAUCAGCAGGGGUCUUGACUGACUGCCUUUGAGCCUGGAGUUCAGAAUGUACACCCAAUACUCCUCAUAAGUAAGGAGAAAUAAGGGGAGAUGCUAUACCAGAGAAGAAAUCUUUAAAGUGGAACAGUUACACAUGAUGAUGACUUGUCAUGUGUGGUUCUGCCCUUGAAUAGCACUCACGAGAUACAGAUCAGUCUUGGAAUGACUUGUCAGGAACUGUGUGAAACCAGAGAGUUUGAAGGAUCAUCAUGACGUGGUGGAGUGGUUACAGUUCAACACAUCUCCCGAUGUCCAUAUUCUUUGCACUUCGAUGUGUACAUCUUAUGAUUGAUACGAAGAAACUAGUCAUGGGCCAAAGGUCAAGAUACUUCUCUGGGAAAUGCUGUUGAUGCUGCUUUUACAAAGUCAUACAAUGAAUGUUUGGUUUAAGGAAGAUUUUCACAUUUAAAAGAUUUUCAUCUUGGAUAUAUAUCAAGUGAAAAUUAGAGUCUUUUGGGAAACAUUUUCCUCCUAAUAAAUUCUACUUGUAAUGGCCGACAUGGCAAACAACUCAGUUGCAUAUAGUGGAGUAAAAAACUCUUUGAAGGAAGCUAAUCAUGAUGGAGACUUUGGAAUUACGCUCGCAGAACUGCGAGCUCUCAUGGAGCUCAGGUCUACAGAUGCAUUACGAAAAAUACAGGAAAGUUAUGGAGAUGUCUAUGGAAUUUGCACCAGGUUGAAAACAUCUCCUAAUGAAGGUUUAAGUGGAAACCCUGCAGAUAUAGAGAGAAGAGAAUCAGUGUUUGGAAAGAAUUUUAUACCUCCUAAAAAGCCAAAAACCUUUCUUCAAUUAGUAUGGGAAGCAUUACAAGAUGUCACUUUAAUUAUAUUAGAAAUUGCAGCCAUAGUAUCAUUGGGCCUUUCUUUUUAUCAACCUCCAGAAGGGGAUAAUGCCCUUUGUGGAGAAGUUUCUGUUGGAGAGGAAGAGGGAGAAGGUGAAACUGGUUGGAUUGAAGGAGCUGCGAUCCUCUUGUCGGUAGUAUGUGUGGUAUUAGUAACAGCUUUCAAUGACUGGAGUAAGGAAAAACAGUUUAGAGGUUUGCAGAGUCGAAUUGAACAGGAACAGAAGUUCACAGUCAUCAGGGGUGGUCAGGUCAUCCAGAUACCUGUCGCUGACAUUACUGUUGGAGAUAUUGCUCAAGUGAAAUACGGUGAUCUUCUUCCAGCUGAUGGCAUUCUUAUUCAAGGCAAUGAUCUUAAAAUCGAUGAAAGUUCAUUAACUGGUGAAUCUGAUCAUGUUAAGAAGUCUUUAGAUAAGGAUCCCUUACUUCUAUCAGGCACUCAUGUAAUGGAAGGCUCUGGAAGAAUGGUAGUUACUGCUGUAGGUAUAAAUUCACAAACUGGAAUUAUCUUCACCUUACUGGGAGCUGGAGGUGAAGAGGAAGAGAAGAAAGAUGAGAAGAAAAAGGAAAAGAAAAAUAAGAAACAAGAUGGAGCUAUUGAGAAUCGCAACAAAGCAAAAGCCCAGGAUGGUGCAGCCAUGGAAAUGCAGCCUUUGAAGAGUGAAGAAGGUGGAGAUGGUGAUGAAAAAGACAAAAAGAAAGCAAACUUGCCAAAAAAGGAAAAAUCUGUUUUACAGGGGAAACUUACAAAGCUGGCUGUUCAGAUUGGCAAAGCAGGUCUGUUGAUGUCUGCCAUCACAGUUAUCAUUCUAGUAUUAUAUUUUGUAAUUGAUACAUUCUGGGUUCAGAAGAGACCGUGGCUUGCUGAAUGCACACCGAUUUACAUCCAAUAUUUUGUGAAGUUCUUCAUUAUUGGAGUGACAGUUUUAGUGGUAGCAGUGCCAGAAGGUCUUCCGCUUGCAGUCACCAUCUCACUGGCUUAUUCAGUUAAGAAAAUGAUGAAAGAUAAUAACUUAGUAAGGCAUCUGGAUGCUUGUGAAACCAUGGGAAAUGCUACAGCUAUUUGUUCAGAUAAAACAGGAACAUUGACAAUGAACAGAAUGACAGUUGUUCAAGCUUACAUAAAUGAAAAACAUUAUAAAAAGAUUCCUGAGGCAGAAGCUAUUCCACCAAAUAUUUUGUCCUAUCUUGUAACAGGAAUCUCUGUGAAUUGUGCUUAUACAUCAAAAAUAUUGCCACCAGAGAAAGAGGGUGGAUUGCCUCGUCAUGUUGGUAAUAAAACUGAAUGUGCCUUGUUGGGACUUCUUUUGGAUCUAAAACGGGAUUAUCAGGAUGUUAGAAAUGAAAUACCAGAAGAAGCACUAUACAAAGUUUACACCUUCAAUUCUGUGAGGAAGUCCAUGAGCACUGUCCUGAAACAUUCAGAUGGAAGUUACCGAAUAUUCAGCAAGGGUGCAUCUGAGAUAAUUCUGAAAAAGUGUUUCAAAAUCUUGAGCGCUAAUGGUGAGGCAAAAGUGUUCAGACCAAGGGACCGUGAUGAUAUUGUAAAAACUGUGAUUGAACCGAUGGCGUCAGAAGGCUUGAGAACCAUAUGUCUUGCAUUCAGAGAUUUCCCAGCAGGAGAACCAGAACCAGAGUGGGAUAAUGAAAAUGAUAUUGUCACCGGCCUCACGUGCAUUGCUGUCGUGGGGAUUGAAGACCCCGUGAGACCUGAGGUACCAGAUGCAAUAAAAAAAUGUCAGAGGGCUGGAAUUACUGUGCGGAUGGUCACUGGUGAUAAUAUUAAUACUGCUCGGGCAAUUGCUACCAAAUGUGGUAUUUUACAUCCUGGGGAAGAUUUCCUAUGCCUGGAAGGUAAAGAUUUCAACAGAAGAAUACGAAAUGAAAAAGGAGAGAUUGAGCAAGAGCGAAUAGACAAGAUUUGGCCAAAGCUUCGAGUACUUGCAAGAUCAUCUCCUACUGAUAAACAUACACUGGUUAAAGGUAUAAUUGACAGCACCGUCUCUGAACAACGCCAGGUGGUAGCUGUAACUGGGGAUGGUACAAACGAUGGCCCGGCGCUAAAGAAAGCCGAUGUUGGAUUUGCAAUGGGUAUCGCUGGAACUGACGUAGCUAAAGAAGCAUCUGAUAUUAUUCUCACAGAUGACAACUUUACAAGCAUUGUUAAAGCAGUGAUGUGGGGACGAAAUGUCUAUGACAGCAUCUCAAAAUUCCUUCAGUUCCAGCUUACUGUUAAUGUAGUAGCAGUGAUUGUUGCUUUCACGGGCGCCUGUAUCACUCAAGAUUCACCGCUUAAGGCUGUGCAGAUGCUGUGGGUAAACCUCAUAAUGGACACGCUCGCUUCCCUGGCUCUGGCAACUGAACCCCCCACUGAGUCUCUCUUGCUUCGGAAGCCUUAUGGUAGAAAUAAGCCUCUCAUCUCACGCACGAUGAUGAAGAAUAUUUUGGGUCAUGCAUUCUAUCAACUUGUAGUAGUAUUUACACUCUUGUUUGCUGGAGAAAAGUUUUUUGAUAUUGACAGUGGAAGAAAUGCUCCUUUGCAUGCACCUCCUUCGGAACAUUAUACUAUUGUUUUUAAUACCUUUGUGCUGAUGCAACUUUUCAACGAAAUAAAUGCCCGGAAAAUUCAUGGUGAAAGAAAUGUGUUUGAAGGAAUCUUUAAUAAUGCCAUCUUCUGCACAAUUGUUUUAGGCACUUUUGUGGUACAGAUAAUAAUUGUGCAGUUUGGCGGAAAACCUUUCAGUUGUUCAGAACUUUCAAUAGAACAGUGGCUCUGGUCAAUAUUCCUAGGAAUGGGAACAUUACUCUGGGGCCAGCUUAUUUCAACAAUUCCAACUAGCCGUUUAAAAUUCUUAAAAGAAGCGGGCCAUGGAACACAAAAGGAAGAAAUACCCGAAGAGGAGCUAGCGGAGGACGCAGAGGAGAUUGAUCACGCGGAAAGGGAGCUGCGGCGUGGCCAGAUCCUGUGGUUUAGAGGUCUGAACAGAAUCCAAACACAGAUGGAUGUAGUGAAUGCUUUCCAGAGUGGAAGUUCCAUUCAGGGGGCUCUAAGGCGGCAACCCUCCAUCGCCAGCCAGCAUCAUGAUGUAACAAAUAUUUCUACCCCUACACAUAUUCGAGUGGUGAAUGCAUUUCGUAGUUCUUUAUAUGAAGGGUUAGAAAAACCGGAAUCAAGAAGUUCUAUUCACAACUUUAUGACACAUCCUGAGUUUAGGAUAGAAGAUUCAGAGCCUCAUAUCCCCCUUAUUGAUGACACUGAUGCUGAAGAUGAUGCUCCUACAAAACGUAACUGCAGUCCUCCACCCUCUCCCAACAAAAAUAACAAUGCUGUUGACAGCGGGAUUCACCUUACAAUAGAAAUGAACAAGUCUGCUACCUCUUCAUCCCCAGGAAGCCCACUACAUAGUUUGGAAACAUCACUCUGAUUGUAAGCUGAAUGUUAACACACUAGCUGCAUUGUAAAGAAACAAAUUGAAACUGGGUCUUUUCACAUUUUGUGACGGACAAGAUAGUAUUCUUGUCUUUGGACUUCAACAGAAGACACACUUGUACGAAUGUAGAUUUAUUUUUUUAAAAAAAAAAGUAAAGCUUUCUGCCAGACUGAGGGUGCUUUUUGGGGGGUGGGAGAAAUGAACUGACAGAUAAACAGUAACUCAGCAUAAGGUGACCUGUGGAUCAUCAGUAGUACCUAAGAAUGGUCCUGAACGGCGCAUUAGAACUUUAGUUUAUCUCAAUCCUUUGAUGGGGGAGAGGCGGGAGGAAGAGCUGGGCAAGCAAGCAAAGAGCCCUGGAUCAUUGAAUUGAUACUUUAAUUUCUGCUGUUGGCUGUUAAUAAUUUGGAUUAUUUAUGUUUAUAAAUGAUACAGAUCUGUUUACAAGGUUUGUAGAUACUUUUUUUGUUCCUGUUCAUAGAUGGGAAGCUUCCUUAUAACUGAUGCAGAGAAAAAUUAGUCCUUCAAAUACUGCUGUAUUUUCAGGAAAACAAAAAGGGGUGUUUCUAUUGAAACUGUACUAAAUUUUUGCCUACAACUACCUUGUUAAAUAUUGUAGAUAAAUUGCUAAUACUAAUAGCCAAAUAGAUAACACUAAUGCUUUGUUUAAAAAAACAAAAAAACAAAAACAAAACAAAAAGAAAAAAACAUGAGCAGCGGUGUUCUAAUGAAGUUAUGGCAUCUGUCCUAAUUAGUUUCUUAAAUACAUUUACUACUUAAUGGUUUUGAAACAACUGUUUAAUUUUUAAAAUUUUUGAAAACUUGCUAAUAACCUUUGUUCAGAAUUUAGUAGAUUGUUUAAUGCGGGACAUGAACUACAAAAUGAAAGAUGCUUGAAAUGCUUUUGUUAUUUCAGGCAAAUUAAAUUAAAUCAAACUAUCAAACUACAAGAAAACCUUAGUCCUUUUUGUUUUUGUCUAAACAUGUUAGUUCAGUGAUGUCUUGGUGAACUGUGAGUGAGCUAUAUUGAUUUUUCUAAUAAACCUUUAGAAACUUUCAUACAGCAUGAGGGCUGUUGGCAUUUUGAAAAAGGUUAAUAAGUAGAAGCAUACAUGUUUUCCUUUUGUUUUCAAAACUUUGUAAACAUAAAUAAAUAUGCCCUUUUAUUAAAUAAAUACACGACAGUGUUUUUUCUUUUUAAAAGAACUUUCAGCUUCUUUACUCAAUCCUGCAUAUAUGCUACAUCAGUCUGUUCUCUUUAACCACAAUUGGAAUAAAUUUCAAGAUGGUAACAGCCCCAUGAAGUACUGUUUAAUUCCUUGGUGGUAAUCUAAUAGUCAGAUUAAGAAAAUCAUUGCAAUUUCACCAUUUGACAUACUCUUCAUAGAAUAUAGUUUGUGUAACAUAGUCUCACAGUCUAAAAAUAAUAAUGAUGAGCACCAUUUGUGUUUGAUACAUUUUUUUAAAUUCUUAAGUGGCCAAAUAACAAAUUAGGUAAAAUGAGAUUAUAUGAAAAGGUAGAAAAAGGUCCUAAAAGAUACGUUUAGAUGUAAUAAUUAACCAUGUGCUGGAAUGCCCAUCUCUACGCCCAUUGGAUAUCUUUAAGUCUCUGUUUCUUUCUCUUGUUUACCUUCUCCCCUUUUUUGCCUCUGUCUUUAUCAUUUACGAACUGGCAUUCUAUUAGGCCCAGAUUUCACCAGAUAUACAAUCCUCAGGCUGACAUAAAGGACUACUACAACAUCUCAGAGUGCUGACCCAGCACAGAACUAUUUAGUGGAUGAUGCUUGAUAUUUUUGGUGGGUGAGGGAAAAUCUUCUCUCCAUCAAUCCUUUGCAGUAAUCCUCUGCAAGUCUUAGAAACACAUUGGCUCUGUCAGCAUUUGUAAUUGUAUAUUUAUUCAUCAGGUAUUUAUAGUGAAUCAUACUGUAAAAAGAGGUAGCAUGAUAUGCUGGAAAGCAUACUAGGCUAGGAGUCAAGACCGUGUUUCUAGUCUUGGCUUUGCCAUUAACGUGCUGCAUGACCUUGGGAAAACCAUUUACCCUGAGUGAGGGUGGUGGACUAGACUAUGUCGAAGAACCCUUUCAACUCUAAAUACUGACCCUAGCAGCUUGAGAAGCCUUUAAGGCAUAGGGACUAGAGAAAGGGGAAAUGUUUUCAGUUUUCUUUUUUACAUGGUUAUGCUUAAGUAUGAAUGUAAUUACCAAAAGAUUUAGAAGUGCAUGUGCAGUGGAGGAUUUGUAUUGAGCUUUUACAGUAUUCAUUUUCAACUCAAGGCAAUGGCUUUUUACACCAACUCUUAAUCCAUAAACGGGUCUUUUGACACCCAUGAAGUAGUAGCAAGACAUGCUUAGUCUUUAUUUCUGUCUCUGAGACACUGUAAUUUCUACCAGAAAUUUCCAAAGCAUCAUGUAAGUAGAGAAAAAUGCAAGCAAGCUGUUAAAGAUCUUGGAUCCCAUUAUAUAGUAUGUAUAGCUGAAAUCAGCAUCUAUAAUUCAAUCACUUUUUCUCUUUAAUCCUCUAACCAAAAAAUUGUUUAAUUUUGCAUCCCAAAUGUUUUUAAUCUUUGUAUAUUUUUUAAAAACCCUUUUCUCCUCAUCAUUGCCUUUUUUGUGGUUGUAAAUAGACUUACUUGCACUUUGAAGAUGAGUUACUCCUUGUCAUCUUACAAAUAUGUGAUAUGGUAAUUUUCAUAACAGAUGUCAGUUUUGAACCAAGAAAUGGUGAUUUGUUUAUAAGAAAAAAAAACUGGCUUCAUUUCUGUGAAAUUGCUCUUUGAAAAUUUCUUUUUACACGUGUAAGCCAAUUGAGAUACCGUGAUGGUGUUGAUUUCUUUUAAUGAUGCUUACCAUCUAUUUUAGCCACUGAGCCUUUUAUUAUUUGUCUAUUUGUAAAGUUUAUUUGUCUUAACUCAUUUAAUAAAUAUACUGUUUAUCUGUUUCUGAA